GAGAUUUUCUCAACUCGAUUGAACCAGCUUUAGAUCGAGAAGAUGAUCCUCAUCAAGCGGGAUGCGGGAAGCAAAUUUUCCCUCAGUUCUCAGACAAAUUUCCACCGGGCAACAUCGCGGAGACUCUGCGUGCGCGAUCUUUCGUUUUUUUGUUGGUUUAUUACCUUCUCUAGUUAUUUUACCAAGGUGUGAAUCAAGUGAUGAUUUAAGUGUUGCAGUAUUCAACAAGGGUCGAGUUCAUCAUAACGAAGCAAAGCGGCUCAUCAAUCAUUUAGAUACUGAUUCAUAAGAAGGUUAAGCAGGAAAAAUGUCAUCGGUGCAGAUCCAUUGAGAAGGUAGAUGCUAGAGGGAGCGUAUCGCAGCAACCAUGGAUGCAGUUCGUUUUUCGAUCAUUGAAAACGAAAUGAAGUGGGAGGACGAGUAUCGUCUGUACUACCAGAACGAGGAAGGGGCACCGGAUGAUAUUGGCGAGGAUCAAGCGAUCGGAGCUCAGCGAUAUCGACUGAGCAUAUCCAGUGAGUCGGACGUAGCUGGGGUGGAGAUUUCGUCACCCAAUCAGCCGCAUGACAUGUGUUCGAGUAGUCGUGAGGGUCAGGACGAGAUCUGGGCUUACUCGGAGUUAGAAAAUUCGUUGAAGGAGCUUCCGGACGCCGAGCGUAUUGGAGAGCUGUUGAACAGCUUGGUUUCCGAAGUUGACAUCUUGGCCGACUACAAUUAUGACCUGAACAGCACCCUGCUACUGGCGGUGUGGUCCAGUAAACACGACCUGUUGAAGCUGCUUCUCAUGCUGGACAGGGUUAACAUAAACACAACAGAUGCGAUGGGGCGAACCUCUUUGCAUCUGGCUUGCUAUAUUGGGGAUUACCAUACGGUAGAGCUGUUGCUUCAACACGGCGCCAAACCUCAGCUUUGGGAUAAGGAGCGGAAGGCAACGCCACUUCACUGUGCUGCGAGUUGCGGAAGCACCGAGAGUAUCGACCUGCUACUCGCGAUAGGUGUCGACAUCAACGCCGGCAUCGAGAAACAUUCCCCGCUACAUUACGCCGUGCAACGAAACAGCAUCAAAUGCGUUGAAUACCUGUUGAAGAAGGGAGCAAACCCAAAUACCCCUCAAGUAUACACCCAAACUCCACUGCACGUGGCAACUGCCCAUGGAUUCAUCGAAUGCAUGCAGCUGCUGCUUGAAUACGGUGCUGAUGCUCGCUCCCAAUACGGGCAAAAAAAGGUUACUUCCUUGCAUUUAGCAGCCUCCGAUAACUAUCUGGACUGCGUCAAACUUCUCAUCGCAGCCGGGGCGGACAUCGAUGCCCGUAAUCGGGAUCAACAGACCCCGCUGCACCUAGCCUGCCUAUCGCAGUGCCACGAGACGCUCACCUAUCUGAUCGAACAGAAGGCCGACGUUCAUGCGGUCUACCGAGAUGGGCGAACAGCUUUGCAUGCUUCAAUUGUCAAAGAGUCCCGCUGCUGGGACUGUACCCUAAGUCUUCUUAAGGCUAAGGUAGACGUCAACAGACCGGACAAUUUCGGCUAUACUCCGCUGCACAUUGCAGCCUUGAACGAGUUCAGCAGUUGCGCUUUUCUGCUGAUAGAAUACGGUGCUGACAUCACUGCUAGAACAAACGGCGGCGUAUCAGCGCUGUCCUUUAUCAUUCGUCGUACUCCGGAGAUCAUCCCCAAAUACAUCAACAAACUAGACAUGGCGAUCAGUGUCAACAGUAUUCACGAAAUCGGGGACGUCGAUUGUGAGAUACGAUUGGACUUCAGGCUACUGGUGCCCAACAACGAUCGGGGAGAAACCGAGCUAUUGCUGGCCUUCAUCGAGGUGGGUCAACGGAGGAUACUGAAGCACCCACUCUGCGAAACUUUCCUGCUGCUCAAGUGGAGACGAAUACGGAAGUUUUUCCUGUUUAGCUUGUUCUACCAUGGGCUGUUUGUGCUGCUGUUCACCACUUACGUAUUGGGAGUGUACGUGAAGGACUGCCGGGUACACAAGUGUCGAACAGCUGCUUACGUGGCCCCGGUUGGAUACAGCGUAAUCUUUCUGAACUUGAUCCUGAUGACCAAAGAAAUCUUCCAGAUGAUGCAUGGAUUUGUGGGCUACAUACGGUAUUGGGAGAAUUGGCUACAGUGGAGCAUAGUCAUCGGGAUAUUUCUGUGUACUCAAAAUCCAACGGCCGACAUAAGCUCGGUUCCGACCUGGCAGCACCACGUAGCGGCGAUCGUCAUCUUCCUGGCCUGGCUUGAACUGAUGAUGCUCGUAGGACGCUUUCCCGUUUUCGGUCUCUACGUACAGAUGUUCACAACCGUGGCCAUCAACUUCUCCAAGUUUUUGAUGGCCUAUUGCUGCUUGCUCGUCGCUUUUGGAUUAAGCUUUUGCGUACUUUUCCCGAACUACAUCGCCUUUCGAAAAAUUUUAAGAGGACUACUUAAAACCAUCGUCAUGAUGGCCGGUGAGUUGGAGUUCGAAGAUAUUUUCUACGGGGAAAAUUUGAAGAUCGAGUACCCCGGAACGGCUCACGGAAUGUUUCUGGCCUUCGUACUGCUGGUGACUGUUAUUCUGACCAACUUACUGGUCGGUUUGGCCGUCAGCGAUAUCCAAGGACUGCAGCAAUCGGCCGGACUGGACCGAUUGUCUCGGCAAGCCGAGCUUAUCUCCCGCCUCGAAGGCCUUAUGUUCUCAAGAAUUCUACGAAAAGCACCCAUUAGAUUGUGGGCAAUCUUCCAGAAAAUCGCUCUUCUAAAAACUUCUCGCUUAAGAUUACACUUUCGCGUGAAACCCAACGACCCAAGGGAAAAACGAAUCCCUAAAGAGCUCAUCACCUCGAUCUACAAGCUGGUGGCAGAACGACGGGAACGAAACCAAUCGAUGAAACGAAAACGAACCAAUCGGAACAUGCAAGCGUUCCGAGAGAUCCUGGAGGAGGAUGCACUGGUGACGUUGAGGAGGCAGCGUUUUAGAACCUGUAACAAAAAUCGUACCGUUUCCGAGAAUCCCAAUUUUAUGGAUUCUCACGAUAGCGGAUCUUCUUCGAAGGCAAGGCUCCCGGUUUCUGCGGCGCAGCUGAAGUUGCUCCAGGAUAGUCAAAGGCAGAUUUUGACACGGUUGGACGAGUUAAAAAGGGAUGUGGAACAGUUGAAAAGUGGAAUUCAAAAGUGACAUCAAAAUUCGUUAGAGUUAAGAAUAGAAUUUGGUAAUAAAGAGU